CACACACACACACACACACACACACACACACACACACACACACACAGGCCCAUGAUGACACGUGAACACACACACAGACAGACACACACUCAGAGCUCAGAAUGACACAGCUCUGAUCGGAGGGAGGUGAUCUCUGAAAUUGCUCAGUGAGCACCCCUAAUUUCCCUGAUUUACAUUUUGCUGUCAAUCACACCCAAUGGAAUCCAAUCAGAAAACAAACGGGGACGGAGUGACGGGGAUGCAGAAGGAGGCGGCACUCCGGGUACUCAUGCAACGUACGGGAUACCAGCUGAGACAGGAGAACGGCCAGCGGCGGUACGGCGGCCCCCCGCCCGGCUGGGACGGCCCGCCACCAGAGAGAGGCAGCGAGAUCUUUGUGGGCAAACUACCGAGAGAUCUGUUUGAAGACGAACUGGUUCCGCUGUGUGAGAAGUUUGGGAAGAUCUACGAGGUGAGGAUGAUGAUGGACUUCAACGGGAACAACAGAGGUUACGCCUUCGUCACCUUCAGCAACAAACAGGAGGCCAGAGCAGCCAUGAAGCAACUUAACAACUAUGAGAUCAGGAAUGGCCGCCUCCUCGGUGUCUGUGCCAGUGUCGACAACUGCCGUCUGUUUGUGGGAGGGAUUCCCAAAACGAAGAAGCGUGAGGAGAUCCUGUCUGAGAUGAGGAAGGUCACCGAAGGGGUCGUGGAUGUCAUUGUGUACCCGAGUGCCGCCGACAAGUCCAAGAACCGAGGCUUUGCCUUCGUCGAGUACGAGAGUCACCGAGCGGCUGCCAUGGCCCGCCGCAAACUGCUGCCAGGUCGUAUUCAGCUGUGGGGUCAUGCCAUCGCCGUGGACUGGGCGGAGCCAGAGGUGGAGGUCGAUGAGGAUACCAUGGCAACAGUCAAGAUACUGUAUGUCAGGAACCUGAUGCUGCAGACCACAGAGGAGACCAUCGAGAAAGAGUUCAACAGCCUAAAACCAGGUGCAGUGGAGCGAGUGAAGAAGAUCAGAGACUACGCCUUCGUCCAUUUCACUCAAAGAGAAGACGCCAUCAGUGCCAUGAAUGCUCUCAACGGAAAGGUGGUAGAUGGUUCUCCUAUCGAGGUAACUCUGGCAAAGCCGGUGGACAAAGACAGUUAUGUUCGUUACACCAGAGGGACCGGAGGACGAGGAGGAUCUCUGCUGCAGACCGACUACGCCGCCUACACUCUGGGACAGGUGUACGAUCCCUCAGCAGCAUAUCUCGGGGCACCUGUGUUUUACGCCCCCCAGGCCUAUGCUGCCAUACCAGGUCAGUUUCGUUUCCCAGCAACCAAAGCUCAUGUUGGAGGUCGAGGUCUGAUCAGGACGCCAUCUGUCAGAGAAAUUUACAUGACUGUACCUGUAGGGGCUGCGGGGGUGCGGGGGCUGGGUGGGCGGGGCUACCUGGCCUACGCCGCCGGGGGAGGAGCCAUGGGUCGGGGCAGCGGCAGUAGCGGCGGCGUCUCCUAUGGCCUGAAGGCGGACAAGCAGGCGGAGGAGAAGCUGUAUGACCUGCUGCCAGGCAUGGAGCUGACCCCGAUGAACCCUGCCGCCAUGAGCCUGAAGGCCGCUGCCAUCAAACCUGCACCACAGGUCCUGGAGGAGCUGUGUCAGAAGAAUAACUGGGGUCAGCCUGUCUAUCAGCUCCACUCUGCCAUUGGUCCAGACCAGAGACAGCUCUUCCUCUAUAAGAUCACAGUACCAGCUCUGGCUACACAGUACCCCAAUGUCCAUCCCUUCACCCCUGCCAAGCUGUGUGCAGCUGUAGAGGAAGCUAAAGUCCACGCAGCCGAGCACACCCUGCAGACGCUCGGCCUGCAGACGGAGGGCGCCGCCGACGCCAGCUGUGCUACUGCUGCCGCUGUGGCCUCAGUAGCCUUCCCAGGUUACACUCUGGCGAGCCCGGCGUCGUCGGCGGUGGCCUCCCAGCUGAAGCAGGCUGUAUCUCUGGGCCAGGACCUGACCGCCUACACCACCUACGAGGGCUAUCCUGCCUUCGCUGUGGCGACGCGUCAUACCGACGGAUAUGGCGUUUUCUAGAACAGCGGUUUGUGAUGAGGAGAAACACCUGUAGCUAAUGCUGCAUUCACAUUAUACUGAUUUUUUCAAACUGCCAAGUGGUUUACAUUAAAUCAGUUUUCAAAAGCUCCUCCAACAUGAAUAAUUGGCCAGUUGAUUAUUUCAGUACUCCCCAUUCACUCUGGGGAGGCAGGGUUAUUUCUAUGAAAACAAAAGCAGAAUAGUGUGAAUGCAUCUUUUCAGAGGCGAUAUCCAACCACCUGCAGGGAAACAAAAGCCCUGCAGACUCAAGGCCAAAUCUAAAAAGUGACUAGUGAAAAGUUUGCAGAACACUGGGCUCUGUCUCAUCGCAGAAAUAUUUUUGAAAACCGCUGCGUUUUGGACUCGUCAGUCACCCUGAAACAAAUUCCUCACAUUUGCCUUUCUUCAAAUGAUCUGUCUCUCCUCUUUUACCUUUAUUUGACCUGAAUCAUGUGCACGUACACACCUAUGAUUGUUCUGUGAUUGAUGAAGUAGCUAGCAGAUGGCCGGUGAUUGGCUGUGGGUUGUGGGUGAAUUAAUGUUUUGAUUCAUUUUCUUUGAUAGUAGUAGUAAAAAGUUGCUUUUAUUAUUUUAUCCUGCUUUAUUAUCUCUGAGAUAACUGGAUUUUGUAGUUCUUUUGAAUGUCUUCUAUUAGCUACAGAAGCAGUUUUCCCAACAGUCUCCAAAGUAUGAAAAAUAUUCCUAAAUUGUUUGACUGGAGUGGAAAGUUCAGUCUCAAUACAACAGGAAAACAACAGAUGCUACUGAAAGCUGAAUACAGUUUGGGAUUUUCAAAGGUCACUGAGGCAUUCUGGACUUUUUAGUCAGAAACACAAUACAAACAUCAAAUCGUCACCAGCCAAAAGUAAAUUAAAACAUGUUUCUAUACACUAGAGUUAUGUGAGUAUUAGGAGUUGGUUUGUUGAGAUAAAAGGCAGGUGGAGCUGAUUCUCCAGUCGCUGCCACUAAUUCCACCAUAGAAGAAGAGGACACAGCAAGAUGAGCUCCAGUCAAAGCUCAGACGAUGGAAAAACUGAUUCAGUCCCCUCAUCGCUCCAUACAGAUCUGAAGUUUUCCUCUCUUCAUGCUUCACGGACAUCAGUGUUUUUUCACUGACUCUGUUUCCGUUGCACUUUGUUGCAUUUUCUUUUUUUUGAUGAGUCAACUUUUUUUUUGCGGUAUUUAGAUUUUUUUUUUUGCGCAAAUUAAAAUGUAUAAAAACAAGUGGAUGGAAACGCAGCUAAUGUCACAUGGGGAGUUUCCCUUUGGCUGAUUUUUCUUUUCCAUUUUUCAGUAUUUUCAUGUUCAUGUUGUGUUUUGUUUAUUCCACUAACAAUCCUACAAUCCUAAAACUAACUUCGUCUUCGGAUUUUUCAGUAAAACCCCAGAAUAUCUUUGUUAACAUGUUUUUUACCAUUAUCAAAUUUUUAAUAUAAUAUCUGCACAUAUGCACCAAACCAAAGGUCUGUGCCUCUUAGUGAUGGUCACAAAUAAGAUGCAGGAAUUCAGUUGUGGAUUUGACAUUUUAAAAAAAAAGAAAGAAAAAUCAACCAAACUGAGCCAAUAAAAAUCUAAAUCUGUUUCCUCAUUGAAACCUUUUUCUGUUUAGAGGCUUCAAAUAAAAAUCUGCAACUUCUAACUUUUGAUUUGAAAGAAUGAGUCAAAAUGAAAACUAGAAUGACCUCCUCCCUGUAGUGUGCCUCCAUCAGUUGCAGGUAAUUAGCAUGUGAAUUCUUAACCUAUUGCCAAAAACAUGUUUUAUGACGUCACAGUGACCUUUGACCUUUGACUACUAAAAUCUGUUCCAGUCAUCUUUCAGUCCGUGAACAUCUGUACCAAAUUUGAGUUUGGGAAUUUGAGAUACUGCGUUCACAAGAAUGGGAUGGAUGACUUGAAACUUAGUGGAAAAACUGCACCUCCUAGUGGUGAUUACAAGUACAACGGCACAGAUCAUUCAGUCCAACCUGAUGUUUCUUUUUUUGAUUUGUUUCUUUAAAUGUUUCUGGAGUUUUACAACUGACGACACGUGCUGACAUCUGAGCUGUGAACAUGCCAAAGCAGAGACAGUAUUAAAGUGUGUGAAGCACUUAGAACUUAUUUUUAUACCAGGAAGAAGAAGAAGAAGAAAUAUCCAGACAUUAUUUGUAUAGAGUUACUUUGCAUUCUCUUUGCCUCCAUAAUUGACUUGGGAACAGAAACGUGUGAAAUUGAAUCAGUAGUAAUCUGUGAUGAGCAAUGAGAAUUGUGGGUAUUCUGGAGGGUCUUCACAUCAUAAUGGGAAACUGCUUUGAUAAAUUGUGAUGUUUCAUGAUCCAUAAUCUUCCUGAAAUAAAGAAACCAACAAAAAUCUGAAGAAA